AUGGACAAGGUCUUGGACGAAAGCACCGCCCUCGACCCUGUCCUAAUCGUUCAAGAUCCAGGACAAUAUGACAAACUCGCGGCGGCUCUGUCGUCCAAACUCAAGAAGAUCCCAGCAGAGGACCUAGCAGCGACGCAGGACAUUCUUACUACUGUUUCGCCAACUGCUCAUACGAUUGUCUACCUGUACGCUUUGUUGGCAACCAUUGAAGCCUCCUCUGGCACUGGGAAAGUUGCUCCUCGAGAAAUACCACCUGCCGUUCUUCCAGAAGGACUGUUAUGGCCUCAUAUUCUUCGCAUAUUGCUUGAGUUUGAUCCAAUCCAGGUGCGGUAUUGCGGAGCCCAGUUGCUACGCCUGGUCGAUUACGUUGCCUCGGGUGCAGAACAAACCUCAAACUACAUACCUGCCAUACAACUCCUCCAUCAUGUCAUCCUCAGGCUCGACAGUACAUCGUCCACUCUCACUUCCACCCAUCGUUCCUUUGUCCGCCUUUGUCUGCUCUCCCAGGCAUACAUGGAAGCCAUUGAUAUUCUGGACAGACCAAUCUAUCACAUCCCAACGUCCCUAGUCGAUCAGCGCACAUAUAAAUCCCUCUGCACUAGCUCUGACCCAACUUGGACAUACCUGAACUCGGCCACUGGCCUAACACACCCACUCUCGAGUCGAAGUUAUCUUGAGUACUAUCUCUUGGGGGGGAUGUGCUACAUGGCUGUGAAGCGUUACAAGGAUGCCUUAUUUUUUCUGGAGGUAGUGAUCACGGCCCCGGUAGUCCAAAAUAUUGCAAGCUCAGUCAUGGUUGAGGCAUACAAGAAAUGGCUACUUGUCGGUCUCUUAUUGACAGGUGUCGCGCCCACAAUACCACAAAGCGCAAGUCAAUCCGCCAUGAAGCAUAUCCGGGCGGUAGCCAAGCCGUAUGAGUGCAUUGCCGACGCCUUCAAAAGCGGCCAUGCUGAGAAGUUACGCGCGGAAAUUGAGGCGGGCGACAAUAUCUGGCAAGACGAAUGCAACUACGGCCUCAUCGUCGAAGUCUUCCAGGCUUUCCGGAAGUUCUCGGUUCUAAGACUCGGCAGCACGUUUGUUGCACUCUCUGUCGCCGAAGUUGCCAAAAGAACAUCACCCGAGCCGACAAACUUGGACGAGACGAGAUCCUAUCUCCAAAAUCUGAUAGCCAGUGGCGAGAUCAAAGCAGAAAUCUCAGACCCUGACGGCAACAAAGACCAGAUUUUGCGGUUCCAUCCUGGUCUAGCUUCGUCCAAGUCUGAAAUGGAAGUGGAGGCCAACUUGGCUGCCCAGACGCGGCAGCUGCAAAGCCUGCUCGGCCAUGUUCAGGAUGCUGAGCAUCGAAUGGAGGUUACGAAAGAAUACAUUGAAUAUCUGAAGAAGCUGAAGAAGGUAAAAGAUGAAGAGAAGAAGAACAGCGGACCCGGAAAUGGACGGACGGCGACCGCGGACGACAUUGAUGAGGACAUGAUGGAAGAAUAUUAG